CGUCACGUUACGCCAGCUCUGGAGCUCUUGAAUUUUAGAGUUUUACUACCUCAACACUUAUCUUAAUGUUAACCAUUGCAUAUUGCAAUCCCUACUCUUCUUCUUUUCUACGGGCUACACGCGAAAGAUUUUUUCCCGUUCAGUCAGUCAGUUUUCAGUCUUCGAUUGUGCAUCUCAAUAGUUCUCUGAAAAGUUCUCGUGCAAAGUGACAGAAUGGAGUAUAAAGGAUUCAUCAAUAUUAGCGAAAUGAAGUGGACGUGCUGGGAGCGACAGGGGAGGAGGGUGGAGAACGAGUGUAUCGACGAAUUGUGGAUGCGCCCGGACAUUGAGGACGAUGAUAUUUUCCAUUUGAGGAAUUUAUACGGAGAAGAUGAGUGGGCUCCCGAAAAUUGGGACGAAUGGGAAGAUAUCGAACCUACAGUUGCGAGCAAGAGGAAGGCGAGUGAGGAGGAGAAAGAGAUGUCGGAGAGCCUCAACAAAAGGAUGCGGAUCGAGGAGGGCAGUGAUAUUGGUGAGUUUUUUUUAAUUUUUUUACUUUUUAUUUUUUAAUUUUUAUUACGAAUAAGUGUACUAAUCGUCUUUUGCCAUUACAGAAAUUAUUUUUGAUAAAAAUCGCGCGCAGGAGGACAACGAUGAUGUCGGUACGUAUUUGUUUAUUUACUUUUUCGUUUAUAUACUUAAUUUUUUAUUUUAAACUAAUAAAUUUUUGUAAAUUGUUUCAGUAUUCCUCUGCAAACGAAUAAGGUUCGCGGAGGAAGUAGAGCGGGACGAGGACGAAGACGAGGAAAGCGAGGAGGAAGAGGAGACAGAAGAAGAGACGGAAGACGAG